GUCGGAUCUGUUCAAACUACAAAAGGUCUAAGCACGCAAAUUCAAUGAAAGCAGUCUAUUUAAAAUUGUAAUCCAGAUCUUUAGUCUUUACUAAGUGCUUUUUGACUUGAAGACAAUUCGCCGAUAGAUACAUACAUCUGUCUAUAAAAAAAAUCUUCGUUUAUUCGUGAUUUGUAUUUCGUCUACUCAAAACUAUGACAUACAUUGUGACCAGAAAGUUUCCGGAAAUUGUCAUUUAAACUGCCCGCGCUGAAUACUUUUCAGCCCUUUUUUUUUUGUUAAGUUAGUACUGUUGAAAUCAGUCGGCCUCCGUAUUGUUUUGCGAUUUUUAUAAUGGAAAUAAAUAUUGAACAAAGAAUUUGCAUCACAUUUUUUGUGUUUCGGAACCAAAUUUCGUGUGCGGCAUCUUGGCGCAUGUUUGAAAAGGCUUAUGGUGAAUCAAUUCUAUCGCAAACAGAAGUCGACGACGGGUACAAAGCCUUUAAGUAUGAUCGAGAAACCGUCGAAGACAUGCCUCGUUCCCGUCGUCCUUCGACGUCUACCAUUGCCGAUAACAUCAAAAAAGUGAAGGAAAUCGCGCUCGAAAAUCGUCAUAGAGUGUUAGAGAGAUAGCACGUAAGCUAAACAUCGGCCGUGUAGCAGCUCGUUUGAUUUCGACCGAUAAUUUGGACAUGAGACGCGUCAAUGCUCGGCUUGUUCCAAAAGAGCUGAAUUUUUUGCAAAAAGAUCGCACCGAGCUGUAGUUGUAAACGUGGAACCCGUUUCAACACGAUUGAGGCCGUAAAAGAAAGUUCGCAGAGGGAAUUGAAGGCGUUCCCGGACAACGUCUACAAGGUAUACUUCGAUGAUUGGAAAAAGAGGUGGCAUAUGUGUAUCGCUUCAGAGGGAGCAUAUUUUGAAGGUGACGAAAUAACGAUUGAUGAAGAUCAAAAUUUUUUCGUUUUAUUUAUUAUUAUCGUAUAUAUAAUUCUUAUACCUAUAUAUUGUACUAAGGCAAUAAAAAUUAAAAACAUUUUCACCUCUAGUUAGCCUCGUAAGCAUAGGUUUGGUUGAAUAUGAGUCAUGCUAUAAAACAUUAUUUCAAUUUCCUUUCUCCCACACACAAAAUUUUAGCUGUCAAGCAACUAAAAAAAUUGAAUAUAUUUAUUUUAAGAAAACAUUUUCGCUUUUAUUUUGAUAAAAAACGUAGAAUGAACAAGAAAAAACCAAAGAGUAUUUAUACCUCACGCUCCACGUACUCGGACCGUGCCAAGAAGGAGAACGAGUCGUUUAAGGAGGUCAUAGUGCCUGUACAAGCGAUUGAAACAGCGCUGUUAUUGCUCAACUCACAAGAGGACGCAGUGCUUGUGACCGUGUUCAAGAACAUUACCGAGUAUGCGCGCAAGCAGGACGAAAAUGUGGAGGAGCUCAAAAGAUUGAAACUACUCGAUUUGUUAUUGGAAAAGAAGUUUUACAUGACAUCUGAAGCGGUAAUGAUACGACGUUUCGCCACAUAUUUGGCUUGUACGCUCGUUGAGAGUAUGGAUGUGUUGCGUGAUUUGGAGCCGGCGAGAAUGGUUUUUAUUUUAGGAAUAUGUUUGGAGGGGUAUUUACUGGAAGUGGAUGAUUUUAGUCUGGAAUAUCUAACGGUUAUCAUAAAUAAGUGUCUGCAAGAUCCACAAGUGGCAAAUGAAAUGUUACAAAAGAAUGAUUUCCUAGAGAAGUUCUUCAUGUUGGUUUCAAGCACCGAAAAUCCAGAUAUCUUGUGGCAAUCUUUCGAGGCCAUACACAAAAUGUUGCUGCUGUUAGAUGUCGAAAAAUUGCUGGCGUUCAGCACAUUGUCAACAUUUCCAAUCGAGCGUGUGCUUUGCGAUAUCUUAAACGAAUUUGUAGACAUACGCAGCGCGGCGCUGAAGAUCGUCAAAGAUCUGAUUGUGGAUACGAGCGAUAAAUCCACAUUCGCCGACGUAAGUCGUUGUGUAUUUACAUUACAGCAAUUGACGCAACUGUUCUGCGAUUACGCCACCACCGAACACGGCAACGAAGCGAUCGAAACAUUGGCCACGGCAAUGCGUACCGAGAAGAUGACACAACUCUUCUUUGAGCAUAAUUUCUUCGAUCGCAUUAUGCAGAAUGUGGGCGCUCAUUUGCUGGAGUAUGCAGCGAGUGUCAAGUGUAAGGUGAUUUGGAUCUUUGCCGAGAAUGCCAAAUAUGAACAGUUCUUACAACGCAUCUACGAGGCUGCUGUCACGGAUCUAUUCUUGGACUGUCUAUUGCAGGUGGAUCCGUAUGGCCCAGCUCCCUAUGUGAUAGCUGGUUUGAAUCGUAUGAUGAAGAACCCGAAUGCGGCCAAUCGCAUACUGCAGUUAUAUGAAGCGGGCGUGAUAGAGCGGUUGGCAUCCAUCAUUUCUCAACCUGGCAUCGAUAUUCGCACACGUGAACAGGCUGCCGACUUGAUUGGCAAUUUACUGCGCUUCGCUUUCCAUGACACUGCGCACCAAUUAUUGGCGCUGCAAAUUUCUCUGAUUCUGGGUCGCAUAUUUGGUCAACAACAACAGGAUCUCUCCAUUGACUUUUUACUAUCGUUGCUAAAUAUCAUCGAGCAGUUGGCACAAAAUGAGGAUUACCGUGAAAUUUUGGGUGAAGCAACACUGCUCACCAUGAAUAUUGCGCUCAUGCUAAAGAACUCCUUUGCCACGGCCAUACUGGUGAAUAACAUUUUCCGUUGUCUCUGCACGCUGGCUGAUGAGGCUCAAGUACGUAACGUGCUACUCUCACACUACAUCGCACAGUCCAUGAAGCGCGGUCUCAAGUCUCUCUCGAAUCUGGUUAAGACUUCUGUAACGAAUUUCAUUAUGCAGACCGCACGUUUUCCCGAAAUGGUGCACGAAUACAUCGAGGCGGGUGUUUUAGAAGUACUUAUUUUAAACCAGCGUCUAGCUAUGUGCGUGUCCACUUGGGGACCUGCCAUCGAGGCUAUACUUUCCAAAUGUCCAAGCCUUAAGUUUUGCAUACGCAAUCAUCUUGGUUUUACAGAUAGCACUGCUGGCAAUGAUUUUCUUGUCUCCAAAAGAAAGUUCGAUGAUUUUCGCGUUUUCCAAAACAUUCUCAAAGAGGAUGUUUCACCGUUACAUCCCAUUUUAGUUGUAAAUUUCGAGCGCAAAGUAUCACCACCUGAUCUGAUUAUAGAAGUACCAAUCGAAUGCUUUCCGUUGGAUGAGCGUCCCGAUGUUGCGGGUAUCUGGUGCUACUGCCGUAAACCAGGUGAUAGUGAACUACCGCGCAUACUGGAUUUGCUAAAUGAAGAACUGGAAAAAUAUGGUUUGAUGCAAAAUCCUGCGAAAAUGAGUCGUUGCAUUGACUUCGAUAAUUUGGCAAAGCGUGCCAAAGUCAUCGCCGAAAUAGUAGAGGCUGCGCUUAGCAGUAAUCUGAAACGACUGGAUCUCAACACCACCGAAGAGUGCUCCAAUCACACUGUCAAAUGCCAUUUGUAUGACAUAGCUCGUGCGCUACAUUGUAACUUCAUACCCAUUGGCAUUGUGCACACUGGUUGUCAGUUCGAGCGCGCAAUCCUUUUCAAAGCGCUCGCCGAUCAAAUCGGAUUGCCAUGUACAUUGCAACGUGCCGUCGACGGUCGUCUGCUAUUCAACGAAGUGCCACUGCCAGUAGAGAUUGAUCAUGAUCCUCAUUGCGAUAAGAAGACUAUGAAAUUUAUGCCUUGGCGCAUGUUGCGUCCCACACAUAUUGUCGAUUUGAUGUUUAAUGUGGGUGAACUGUAUCCCAUACAGAGUCGACAAGCGCUGCAGUAUUUGAGAUUGUAUUAACAGAUGCUGGCUUGAAAGUAAUUAGCUGAGAACAAGUGAUCUUAUAUCAAUAUAUAUGAUAUAUUUUGAAAGAUGACAAAUAAAACAAACUGCUUUUUAUAA